AGGAAAACCGCACACACACACACACACACACACACACGGAGGCAGUAGCAUCACGGAGAGCUCACAACUGUGGAGCACUUCAACCAGGCAAAAGCGUUCACACACGUACAUCCCUAAGGCACAAUAGAAAUGCAAUGUACUUCGUGAAAUCGACUAAAGCUCCGGCAUCAUUUUCAGCACUUUUACUCCAACACCAGUGUUCGGACUGAGCUCGUCGCGCGCAUGUGUGUCUGAUCGGCGAUUUCUCAGCCUGCUUUUGCGGCAUGACAUGCAGAUAGAUCACCCUCAUCAGCACCACUACCAUCAUCUUCAUCAUCAUCGUCAUCCUCCUCUUCUUCCUCCUCCUGUAGUGUGGUUUAAUGGGGCUCCUGAGGACCAUGAUGCCGCCCAAGUUUCAGCUCCUGGCUCUGGUGCUUUUUGCGCUGGCCAUGCUCUUCAUCGAGAACCAGAUCCGCAAACUGGAGGAGUCCCGAGCAAAGCUGGAGCGCACUAUGGCCAGGUUGGAGCUGCGUGAGGUGGAGCAGAGGCAGAAUCAUGACACACUUCGUGAAUCCCCUGCGCUCUCCGAAAGGGAUGAUUUGCUCAUCAUCUACAACCGUGUGCCCAAAACUGGCAGCACGUCCUUCACAAACAUCGCCUACGACCUCUGUGCUAAGAACCGCUACCACGUUCUGCAUAUCAAUACCACCAAGAACAAUCCAGUCAUGUCCCUGCAGGAUCAGGUGAGGUUUGUUCGGAACGUGACCUCCUGGAAGGAGAUGAAGCCAGGGUUUUACCACGGACAUGUAGCAUACCUGGAUUUCUCCAAGUUUAGUGUGAGAGCAAAGCCCAUUUACAUUAAUGUAGUGCGUGACCCUAUUGAACGCCUGGUGUCCUACUACUACUUCCUGCGCUUUGGAGACGACUACAGACCCGGCCUGAGGCGGAGAAAACAGGGAGACAAAAAGACGUUUGAUGAGUGUGUGGCUGCAGGGGGAUCUGACUGCGCUCCAGAGAAACUCUGGCUACAGAUUCCAUUUUUUUGUGGUCAUUCCUCCGAGUGCUGGAAUGUAGGUAGUCGCUGGGCUCUGGAGCAGGCCAAGUACAAUCUGGUGAACGAGUAUCUGCUGGUGGGAGUGACUGAGGAGCUGGAGGACUUCAUCAUGAUGUUGGAGGCAGCACUGCCACGUUUUUUCAGAGGAGCCACUGAUCUCUACCGCACAGGUAAGAAGUCCCACCUGAGGAAGACAAGCGAGAAGAAGCCUCCAACCAAAGAGUCCAUCUCCAAGCUGCAGCAGUCAGACGUGUGGAAGAUGGAGAACGAAUUCUACGAGUUUGCGCUCGAGCAGUUCCAGUUCGUCCGUGCUCAUGGUGUCAGAGAGAAGGACGGAGAGCUGUUUGUGUUGGCGCAGAACUUCUUCUACGAGAAAAUCUACCCGAAAGUGAACUGAAACAGGAGAAAAAAGCCAUGACUUUUAACCUCUGUAUUUUCCAUCAUCACCAUGGAGGAGGACGAGGAGAAGAGAGCGCUUUGAGUAGGAAAUUCCGUCUGUGGAAAUAGAAAAUGUUUGUGAUUUAUUACCUCCUCAUUCAUAGUACAGUGGAAUUCUACUGUAUCUACAGUAACACUGUUUAUUGUAGAGAUGGAGAAUAUUUAAACUAUGCCGUGAGCGGUGAUUACAGGAACUUUUCGAGUACUCUGAUGUCCAGUGCUCUUCUUUCUCAGACUUUAUGGCAGCCUGGAUAAAUUUAUCACACAUGAAAAAAAAAGCAUUUGUUUAAAAUAAUUCAUUUCGACUCCCUAAAAAGAGAUAAAGGGUUCAUUGAAAGGGAAACUCAACAGGGUGAAACAUGGGGCUACUUUUUUUUUUGUACCAGCCAGCGGCACAUUAAACGCACCUUCCAUUUUAUUAUUAAGUGUUCUCAACUCUUUUUUUUCCCUCCUCUUUGGCAUUGUGCGCUUUUUAUAAUAGAAUGCCAUGUACAGUGUUUAGUGUGAGUAUUAUACCCCAAUAAAAGGUCAAGUAGAACUCAAACAUCAUGUACAUAAAGCCUAUUUUCCGCUAUCGGACCAAACGUCUAUAAGAGAAAGGGAGUCGUAGACGUUGAGCUACGUCUUUGGAGUGCUGAGAGGGGAAAAAAAAAGAAGAAGAAAAAGAAGACGCAGUGCUUGAAAUAUUGCGCUUCACAAUCCCAAUUUUUUUCUGUUUGUUUUUCAGUGUGGUUUUAAUGCAAAAGAUUUCCAAUGGACCACUGAAGAAAAAAAAUCCGCUUGGGUAACUAUCAUCAGCGUGCAAAUAGUGCGGUCCACUGAUUUCUAAUGAAAAAGGACAGAAGAAUGUGACUUCAGCCUUCAGCUUGGACUGUGGUCCUGUAGCUCCUCAGAGGAACACUAACUGAACACUUUGAUGAUCUUUGUGGAGAUCCUGUGCUUGUUGGCAGCUGUGGAUUGUCCAAAACAACAACAAAAUGUUUAGUGCUGUUUAGUUCCCCCAAAUCGUGAUGUGUUUUUGCUGCUGUAUCUGUAAAGAAGAGCUGCUCAGAGACGACUCUGGGUACAGAGAGAUUUAAGAGCCAGGAACAAAAUUUACUGGAAAUCAUCCUCCAUUUCCUGUACUGUGACACACACACAGACAGAUCCUAACUAGCUCUACGUUCAAUAGUGCCUUCAUAACCAAACGGUCAGUGUUCAUUCUCUGAAUGGUCAACAUUAUCACUCACUUUUCUAGGCCAUGUGUUUUUUCGGAUACCAGCUUUCUUUUGGAUUUUCUGUUCUUAAUGUUUUCUUGGUGAAAAAUUGUCUUUAAUGCAUUUUAAUAAAUCCUGAACUGUAGUUGA